AAUUAUCGAAAGGUUACCUCAAGUUCUUCCUCGGGGACUUGAGCGUUUUUUAACUUGCUCAGUGAUUUUUUAUUGAUUAUGGGAAUCUUAAUUUAUAGGCUUGGAACUGUGUAUGGGCUGCCCUGUGGAUAAAGAUUUGAUGAGGCUUAUCAGUGUUGAAGUUCGCAACCUCAAAAAAGAUGUGGACAAUACAAGGCAAUCCAGUACUGAUGAAGCCAACAAGAUAUGUGCUGCCCUUCAAAUUAUCAGAGACGAAAUUGAUAACUUUGACAAGCGAAUAACUCAGAUUGAAAGAAAUCUCGAAGCAGAAAGAAAGGAGCGGUUAGAAAAAGAGGAAGCUUUAUCAGAUGCAAUUACAGAUAUUUCAAGCGAUUUAGCAGAAGUAGACAAACGUGUAGAUGUUAAUGAGAGGGACAUUUGUCAGUUAAAAGAUAACCAAAGUCAUUUAGAGACCACUGUAUCGUCUGUGACUGCAGACAUAGGAGAUUUAAAAAGGGGGAAAAUUCGUUUGGAAGCAAGGGUUGAAGAACUAGAAAAAAAGAGUUUUAAGACAGCGGAUAUUUUUCAAGUACCUAGCCGCAAUAAUUGCUUUUGUGGUCGCGAUAGGGAACUAGAGGCAAUUGCAGCACAACUAAAAAACAUCCAAAAUAGUUCUAUUCAUUCAGCUAUUUGUGGUCUCGGUGGUGUUGGGAAAACGUCUCUCGCUGUUGAGUUUCUUUGGCAACACCAGGAAAAAUAUCCAGGGGGUAUUUUCUGGAUUUCGGGAGAAGAUAAGUUUUUUCAAAGGUCCGUCAAUGAGAUGGCGCUUCAAAUUGGAACGUUCGAAAACGAUUUUCAUAACUCCUUGUCGAGAACCCUUGAUUGGCUCAGGAAACGCGAAAAACUGUGGUGUUUAGUUGUCGAUAAUCUUGACGAGUUAGAAAUGUCCCCAGAAAUGCGUAAGCUGCUUACUGGUAACUGGAAAUAUAUGGCUCGUGGUCACAUUAUCAUAACAACAAGAAGGGAAGUUUCACAAAUUGGAGAAGCAACAGGAAUUGACGAGCAGUGUUGCAUUAACUUGAAUUGCUUAACAGAAGAAGAAGGCAUUCAGUUCCUACGGCUGCGAACAAGCUGCACAGAUGAGGGAGAAGACAACGACUUACGUCAACUUGUUAGAGAACUUGGAGGACUGCCUCUAGCUCUUGAUCAAGCUGGGGCCUUUAUACGAAACGUUAAACAGUCCAUAAAAGAGUAUGUGAAGAAAUACAAGAAGCAGAAGGUGCGUCUCUUGAAAAAGACAAAAGCCCGACAUUUUGUGGAAAACACCUCUUCGGAGCGGCUAGCUGUCCACACAACAUGGGCGUUGAAUUUCGAUCACAUCAGUCGCAUCUCAGAAGAGUUGGAACUUGGUGAAGCUCCCACUCUUUUUAUGCAAGUUUCUGCUUUUUACGGCCCAGAUGAUAUUCCAUACGAAUUGAUCAAUGAAGGGCUACUGGAGGAAGGCAGUUCUGCAGAGGAUAAUGGUAUGUGGGAUGAAGCUGAAAUAGUGUCUCUUCUAACUAAGUUUUCUCUGUUUCAGAGAUACAGGACACACUCUUUCAGUGUUCAUCGUUUAGUGCAAGAAGUGAUUCGAAGUGAGCUAGAAAAAGAACAAACUCAGUUCAAUGUUCUCUCACGUGCAGUACGGGUCCUUCACCACGCGCUGAAAAAUACUCGGUCGCCGGCUGAAGUGUGCGAAAGUUUCGUUGAAGAUGCUGUUUUUAGUGUCGAGAAUCCCCCUUCGUUGCAGUUAUGGGCUAAAUUGGCCUCUCAUGCUACCUACUUGCAGGAACAUUUGUCCAAUUUUUCAGUGGAACAUAAAGCAGCAGCCCAUACUUUGCUUUAUAAAGAGGAAACCGUACGUGUUUUUAACGAAGCUGGAAUCUUUCUCAGUGUGUCUCAAGAGAAAGUCAAAGCUCAGGAAGUACAGAAACUUAAACUCGAAUUCCUAGUGAACCUAACAAAGUCCAAAGAAGACUACAGCGCAAAACUACCGGGCUAUUUUAUUGAUAUCCCAUUAAAAGACAGGUACUGCAAGCUGAUAUCCCAUUGUAUGAGACAACCGGCCUUGGACGGCGAUCUCAAGGAUGAAGCAGAUUCUGUUAAAAAAGAAAGGGAGGAAAAGGUUGACCAGCUCAGAGGGCAAGGAAAUCUUGCAGUAAACAAUAAGAAAUAUGAAGAGGCCAUUAAUCUUUAUUCUUGCGCCAUUGAUUUGACUUCCCAUGACCACCGACUCUUCGCGAACCGCGCUCUCUGCUAUUUGAAACUUGGCCAGCCACAACAAGCUUUAGAUGACUGUGAAAAGUGCCUCUUACUAUGUCCCCAUUACAGUAAGGCAUUGCAACGCAAGGCUUGGGCUCUCCAAAGACUUGUUGAAAAUGGUUCUUCUCACCUUGAAGGACAAAAGAUGGCCGCAUUGGCAGUAGCUAUCCAAAAUGAUCCCAGUCUUGGCAACGAGAAAGGGUUUUGGAAAAAAUUUCCACGAGUAAGCACGCCGUUCAGAGUAAUAGAAAAUGAAACGCAGUUGACGUUUGUUUUAAUGACGGCACAAGGUACCCUACUCCUGAAGGAAGGUGUGUACAGUUUAAAGCACCUCGUUUUCUUUAAUGAUUUCCAAAUUGUAGGUCUUGGAAAAGAAGUCGUCUUCAGUUGUACAGAAUGCUGUGUUAUUUCCUCCGCCAAGUGUUAUUUUGAGAAUAUUGUGUUCCCUAAAGGAAACAUUGGCAUAGUUUGCGAAGGCAAAGGAGCGGCCAUUCAUAUGAAGCAUUGUCAAAUUUCAGGAGGUUCAACUAGUUGUGAGGACUUUCCGGAAUGCAAUGGUGGUGAAGGAUGUAUAGCGGUCUCUUUAGGAAAACUUGCUUGUGAUCGCACUGGUAAAUUUGGAGACUCUGAAUUACAGUCUGGUGUUGGUGGUUCUCCCGGAGUUGAAAUUCGCGAUGAGAGCUUUGCUCUCAUUGAAGACUGUGCAAUUCAUGACUGUGGUGGUGGUGGCGCUCUAGUCAUUGGCAAGAGCUCUCGCAUGGCUGUCAAUAAAUGUGAGGUGUACAAGAACCACCAAGCUGGUCUAGAGGCGAGAGAAGGUGGAAAUCUUUCUGCCUGUCAGAACAAGAUAUUUAAUAGUGGUUUCCAUGGUGUCCUAAUCGGCCCGAAUGCAGGAGAAUGCGUUAUCACUGGCAACAAGAUAUUCGAAAAUGCAGGAGAAGGAAUCUUUGCCUUGAGCAACAGGCAUACAAUAGAAAUAACCAAAAACGAUGUACACCACAACAGGCCUUUUGGUCUUUCGCUGGAUAAUAAUUCUCACCUUGUGAUCAGGGAUAACAAGAUUUUUGAGAAUGGAUUCUGGGGAAUCCUAGCCAAAGCGCGAACUUCAGCCAUGAUUACAGGAAAUGUUAUCUCUGGCAACAAGUGUGGCGGCAUUUUCCUCGGUGUAAACUAUUCCGGACGGGUUCACCUAGAAUCAAACACAGUGCGAGACCAUAGCGGCCCAUGGUUAGAGUAUCCAAAGAUUCCCAGUACUAGUUCUACCUUUGAUGUUGCCCGUAUAUGGUCAUUUUUUCCGGGUCGUCUACAUGAGGAAAAACAGUUUUAUUCCAACCCACCCAUCCUAAUCAAAAACAAGGAGAUUAACAACGAAGAAGGUAUGUAUCAUCCGAAAGAGGUAAUUGAGCGAUUUUACAGUGGUUGCACUUUUUGUCGUCGCUCACGAGGUGAAGUACGUCACCUCGUGAAGUGUGCUACUUGUCAUAUUGCCUCGUAUUGCAGCAGAGAAUGCAAAGUCAAACAUUCGACCACUCAUAACAGACUAUGUAACGCCUUGAAAAGUCGUUAUUCUGUAACAGUCAAACCCUUUAAACGACCGGAUCCAGGACAAAGAUCAAUUCGAACAUUUGGGACUCAUUUGAAAGGCAUUGGAACAGGACCUAAACCCAAGUGUGACGGUAGCGAAAAAUUCAUCGUCAAGAUUCAAACUCAGACUCUUAAUAGCCACCCGUUGCAAUUGCUGAUUAUUUACGACAAAAGCCUUACAGUAGAUUAUAACAUCCAAAGUCCGGAAAUAUUCAGCGUGAUAAUGGAAUGCGGAGUUCUUGGGCAGUUAGACAAAUUUACAAGCAAAAAAGUUUUUUUCUGGGCCACGUUCACUAAGAAAGAAGAGAAACUGACAGUUUUUCUUGAUCAUCUUGCUCCUUAUCAAGAAUGGUAA